GGGGUAAAUAGUGUGCACAAAAGGAUGUUGUGUGUGCACUAUCCACUGGCUUUCUAAAGAACCCUGGGGAAACACUGUUUUCAAUUUGGAAUCUUAACUGAAUCACAUUUAGUACUUGUAGAAAAUUGAUUUUUCUUUCAUCAUGUUUAAACAAUGUCAUACUAGUGGUAAACAACACAAAGUCUGCUCUGUAUAAAUGCUAAAGUGCGAAAUCCCUAGAUAUUUAUCAUUUCCACGAGAAUGAAAAGAAGUUAAAAAACAAACAAUGUUUAUAUAUUAAUCUAAAUUGUACAAAUUAUGUUUAUGCUCAUUAGAAUUUUAGUAGCGUCAAGGUUAAUGCUGUUAGACUACUCCUUGGAAAAUAUGUUACCCUUUCCUUCUGAGUUGAUAGAGAUGCUGUUGUUUUGUUGAUAACAACAGAUGCCUUCCAUACUAGAGGAGACAGAAGGGGGCAGUAUGGACACAACAACCUUAGCAAAUAACUGACUGAAACAUGUCUCAGUAUCAUGUUAUAACACUAAGCAUAACAUCUCAAACUAAGACGGCUUGAAAAAAACAAAAUAAAACAAGUAAAAAUAUAUAUAUUUAAAUCAAACUGACACAUUAUCUCUCAUGUGGGGAAAAAAAAAGAUUUUUUCAGAUAUUUGGUAAAGUUUCUUUACAUAGGUUUUUGGGCCAACUGUAUACUAUAGAACAAACAUUCAGCAUGACACUAACUUGGUCGACUGCUCGCAAAGCCACGACGCCACUAGCUCCCUAAAAGCAUCUUGAAGAGAAAAAUGUUCAGUCCGUCUCAUAUUCUGUACUGACUAUAUGGCAAUUUCUCAAAUGAAGGUGCCUCUCCAGCACAUUUAUCUGCUCUCCUUGCAUCUAAUCAAUCCCUUAAAUAAAUGAAAGUGAGCCACAACUAGAUGUCAUCACAUCUAUCUGCGGGCGUGCCUCAAAGUGCACACACCUUAAUGCUGCUACUCUAAAGAGGAUGGACUGUGGAAAUACUAAUGGGGGGGUGUACUUGACAGCUGAGGGGCAUUACAUGCUUGUUUCAGUAUGAUGAGGAUAAAACAUACAGCACAUGCCUCGCUGUGCUGUUGCAUACUCUGAUACCUCAAAGCUGGUUUGGAAGAUUUUUUUGUACUUUUGUAUCAAGGCAUAUUUUGCAAGAGGCAUGUUGAGAAAAUCUGAUUUACAGGCAGCAUGAUUCUCAAUUUCUGCCUGGCGCCACCGUGCAGACGAUGGGCCCGUUUCAUUUGGAUUCACUUCAGUAAUCACUUCUGAUCACUGGAGUGAAGCCGAGUGAAUCAGAGCAACGUUCUGUCUUCUUAAGCUAACCAAAAUUCUGCUCUGAGAUCUUUUUAAAACCAGGAAAACUGAGGCGUCCUCUCAAACCGUCCUCUCUUUGUUCAUGAGAAAGUGGAGAGUUGAGCCAUGGAGCCGAUGGAGUCGAGGAAAGAAUGUGAGUUGAGAAAGGUGCUACUGUGUCUAAAAUAUCAAUGAGGGAGAUGCUGCCAAGUUUUGGAGCACACGAGAGGAAAUAGGUUUUCGGUAGUAUAACAUGAAAGUGCACCCUGGUACACCCUAUUUGGUCAGUGCUGAUAACACUGUAAUCUGGGAAGAUUUUCUUUUAUAUUACUAUAUAAUCGUCUGAUUUUUAUUCAUCUGACUUGAGUGUGUGUUCCUUUAAAGUUUAGGUAACUACAGCAUCUGUCAUUCAGUCAUACAGUACCGCUUAACAAUACACUGGAACAGUGUGAUUGCCCAGGUGAGUCUUUAAUGUGGAGCUCAGCAGAAAAACAUGACAAACAAAUUCAUCAGUAUAACAAUACAUGUUCCUCGCGUUUCCACACUCAUUUGAUUUCAAAGAUAUUUAUCUUAAGAGGAUAAUAAUUUGUGAAAGUCUCUGACAUUUGUGGCUAGCUAGCAUGAUAAUAAAUCCAUGGCUUGGAACAUUUUUUAGUUAAUUAGAGUCAAUCAAUCCAAACUUUGCUCACUUACCGGUGUGAAACCGGAGUAUAAUGAGCAGAAAUCAGCAUGGUGAUUGGAAAACACAAAUUACAGCUGUUAAAGAGAAACUCAUCCACUUUUCUUCUGUUGAUGCAAAUGCCUGCUGCGAGGAUUUAAAAUUAGCACGGCAUUCCUUUAAUGGAUGUUGAGGCAAAGUGCUCCUCUAUAAUUAAAAAAACCUGUUAAUAUCCUCGUAGGCUAAAAUAAGAGGGGUUAGUAUGAUUGCGUGACACCUCUUUAAAAGGACACAUUGGUCAGUUGGCUAUUACACAAAACAAAACUGUAUCUGCUUUUAUUUAGUUUUAUUUAAAUCAUGGAACCAGUUUGCCUAACACUACUUAGAUUCACUGUAUGCUGUGUAUAUAUUAAGGUGCUUUUUCCUCCCAUGUUUAUCCGCAUUAUGAGCAAAUGAAGUAACCCUACAUAAUGGUGUGUGACCAUACCAGUGAGAUGGUCAGCACUGCUGCCUCAGUAAGAUCAUGUAGCAUGUUAAUGAACUUCGCUGACAUAUGGGACAGUCUUUGCUAUUAAAGGCUGUGUAUAUCUCUAUGUUCAGGGCUACAUUCAUAUAUUCCUGACAUAUUCCACGCACCUUUCAUUCAUGGUGUAAUGAUGUGAAUAAUGACCUGCUGAUGUUAACAGUACCAUCUGAUCUAGGGUCCCAGACAGUAACAUGACAUAACCUCCCGGCUGCUUGUGUCCACGAUAUAUAUAUAUGACCUCACCGCUGGAUGUAAUUUCUUUUCAAGAGCUCUUGGAAAGGGAGAGCUUAUGUUGUUGAGCUCAUGUCGUCAAGGCUGGUAACAGCAGCUUGCCAUUGUAUUAAUUAUUGUCAGGGAAUCCAAGGGGUGUAGAUAAUACAGAAUGCACUGGUUGGUCCCAUUUGUUUCACUUGUCAGUGGAGUGAAUAAUUGGGAGUGCUGACCAUAUUAGACACAGAGAAUUUCUAAAAGAUACGACUCAAACUGUUGCAACACAAAAGUACUGCUUGGAAAUUAAAAAGCUUAAUGUGUGAGAAUUUCAAAUCAGUAUGGAAUAAUUUACCAGCUUCUCAUUGCCAAAGGAAUUUACUGAAGUUUAACUCUGACAGCAGUCAUUCUGAUACACAAUGAAACGGCUCCGAUUGUGAGGGAAACUGUUUACUCCGUCCUACUUUUUUUUUGUUUUGUUUGUCCAAGAAUUAAGUUUCUUUUGGUGAACGGCAAAAAACGUUAAGUGUCAGAUAUUUUGCACCCUGACUUCAUUCUUUAAAGGUUUGAGAACAUUGAUACAAUUCUAGUAGAAGAGGGGUUGCUAAUACAAUGGGGCUCAUCUUGCAAUUCUCCCAAGGAAUAACUAUCAGUCCUGCUACAGCAGCUUCAGCGUCCCUAGGUGACCGCGCCACUGAGCCCGUGUUCGCUCCAUCGCACCCCACUCCACGCCUGCUGCCACCCUGAAGGUAGAUGCAUCACGCUGGGGAGACUGCACAACAGCAGCCCCCUCUCCUCCAGCCCCCAAACCUUCUCCACGGCACAGUGGCCUCCUGCGGCCCCUAUACACAACUUUGGGUCUCCAUUACAGCCCCGGUCCCAGCAGCCCAGACUCUCCCUCAGGUGGCGUUCACAUUCAGGAAGUCAUGUCCAGAUCGGGUGAUAGAACAUCCACCUUUGACCCAACACACAGUGACACCCUGCUGCAUGGGCUCAAUCUCUUGUGGCGAAAGCAGCUUUUCUGUGAUGUGACUCUGACAGCCCAGGGACAGCAGUUCCACUGCCACAAAGCUGUGUUGGCAUCUUGCUCCCAGUAUUUCAGAUCCCUCUUUUCCUCCCAUAAUGUAAUCAACAAUGAAGGAAGCAAAGGGGACCAGGGCAGCAGUGGGACCCCUUCAUCCUCUCCCGAUGACAAGCUGGUGACCACCAGCACCAGGCCCAUAAAUAACCUAGUGCUCCAGGGCUGCUCCUCCAUUGGACUACGAUUAGUGCUGGAGUACCUGUAUACUGCCAAUGUUACUCUUUCCCUGGACACAGUGGAAGAGGUGCUGUCAGUCAGCAAGAUCCUCAAUAUCCCCCAGAUUACCAAGCUUAGCGUGCAGUUCCUUAAUGACCAGAUCUCUGUGCAGAACUACAAGCAGAUCUGCAAGAUUGCUGCACUCCAUGGACUGGAUGAGACCAAGAAGCUGGCCAACAAGUACCUGGUGGAGGAUGUGCUGCUGUUGAACUUUGAGGAGAUGUGUGCCAUGCUAGAUGCUCUGCCACCCCCAGUGGAGUCAGAGCUGGCUCUCUUCCAGAUGUCAGUCCUCUGGCUGGAGCAUGACCGGGAGACUCGCAUGCACUAUGCACCGGACCUUAUGAAGAGGCUACGCUUUGCCCUUAUACCUGCCCCAGAGUUGGUGGAGAGAGUUCAGUCUGUUGACUUCAUGAGGACUGACCCUGUGUGCCAGAAACUACUCCUGGAUGCCAUGAACUACCACCUGAUGCCCUUCAGGCAGCACUGCAGGCAGACCAUGGCCAGCAGAAUCCGUUCCAAUAAGAGGAUGCUGUUACUGGUGGGUGGUUUGCCUCCUGGACCUGAUCGUCUCCCCAGUAAUUUGGUCCAGUACUAUGACGAUGAGAAAAAGACAUGGAAGAUCCUCACAAUAAUGCCUUACAACAGCGCACAUCACUGCGUGGUGGAGGUGGAGAACUUCCUGCUGCUGCUAGGCGGAGAGGACCAGUGGAACCCCAAUGGAAAGCACAGCACUAAUUUUGUCAGCCGCUACGAUCCCAGAUUCAACAGUUGGAUACAGUUGCCUCCAAUGCAGGAGAGGAGAGCCAGCUUCUUUGCCUGUCGCCUGGAUAAGCACCUGUACGUGAUUGGUGGCAGGAACGAGGCGGGCUACCUCUCCAGCGUGGAAUCCUACAACCUGGAGACAAAUGAGUGGAACUACGUGUCGUCUCUGCCACAGCCUCUGGCUGCCCAUGCAGGAGCGGUGCACAAUGGCAAGAUCUACAUAUCAGGAGGCGUGCACAAUGGCGAGUAUGUCUCCUGGCUUUACUGCUACGACCCUAUAAUGGAUGUGUGGGCGAGGAAACAAGAUAUGAACACAAAGCGUGCCAUUCAUGCUCUGGCUGGGAUGAAUGACCGCCUGUAUGCUAUUGGUGGAAACCAUUUGAAAGGUUUCUCCCAUCUAGAUGUAAUGUUGGUUGAGUGUUACGACCCAAAAGCUGACCAGUGGAAUAUCCUCCAGACACCCAUCCUGGAGGGUCGCAGCGGUCCAGGCUGUGCCGUUUUGGAUGACAGCAUUUAUCUUGUGGGAGGCUACAGCUGGAGCAUGGGGGCGUAUAAGUCUUCGACCAUCUGCUACAGCCCAGAGAAAGGAACAUGGACAGAGUUGGAAGGAGAGGUGGCAGAGCCUCUAGCGGGCCCAGCCUGCUCCACCGUCAUACUGCCCGCCUGCCUGCCUUUUAACAAAUGACAACUAAUCCAGCCGACGGGUGUCGAGGGUGAUGGGCAGCAGAGUGAUUGGGGGGAGGACCAUCAAUAAGCAAAACAGUUGUCAACAAUUUCAUGACAGAUUUUCCAGUCAUACGCUGGGGGUGUGUAUAAAUUAUUUUUUUACAAGUUUGACCAGAGCACUUUCGUUAUUCUCUCUACUGAAGGAUCGAAGAAAAAAAAAAAAAAAAAAGGUAAUUGUGUGAGUCAUGUAUUUAAACUCAUCUGUGUUCUGAGAAAUGGUUGGUUCCAUAUUCGAUUUUUUUUAUUUAAGCGGAUAGUAAGUGUUUUUGGCUUCUCUUCUAUAGCACGCAUAGUGUUGAGCUGAAUUAUAGCUUUCAAAUCCAUUGUAUCUUGUAUUCAGUAGCGGCAUAACUCCAGCUAAAUGCAGUGUUGUUUCAAAUUACAUCGGGACAUGAAGUUACACUAGGACUGGGUGAGUAACAUGACCUGUGAUGAUCAAAAUGUAUAAAUAGUCUUCAUCCGUUAUGUUAUUGCUCAUUGUUCUAUGGCUGGGUACGCUCACUUAUUACCUGGUUAGAGAAUUAUACAACAGUUUUGUUGUCUGUCUCUGAAAAUGAACAUAUUUGCGCAAUCAAAAGGGGACAUUUUCAGAAAACCCUAACAGCUGUCACUAUUUAACUGUCACGGUAUGUGCAGAAAUGUUCAAUUAGACAUGGAAUUAGACAUGAAAGUAGAUAAACAACCAGGAAGACACUUUAAAAAAGACACAAAUAUACUCAUUGAUCUUUUUGAGCAUGUGUCCACAUGACCCAGCCAUAUUUUUUGAUCUUAAAGGGGGUCUAUUAUGUUUUUCCUUUUCCUCUAUCAUGUAUAUACUGUGAAAAAGGUGUUUUCCUUCAUUAAACAUGGUCAAAGUCUAAAUAGUGUAUGUGCAAAUAAUCCCCACAAUCACUUUCAAACAGUUUUUCUACUUUUGGCUCUGUAUGAUGUCAUAGAAAGUGGAUUUUUUUCAAUAUGAUCAUCUCAGGCAUGCAUUUGAGCACCGAAGCCCCACCCACAAACCUUCUGCUUAUGAGGAACAGCCAAUCAAAAGGAAGUAUGCUUAAAGAGCGUGGGAACUGGAGUUAAAACAGCAGAAGAUUAAGUGAGGGGCAUCAUCAAGACCCAGUAUAAGUUAAAUAAGGUUUUUUUUUUUUAAACUAUAAAUCACACAAAGCUGUGCAGGACUCAAAAUUUGACGCUGGAAAUGAACAUAACAGAUCCCCUUUAAUGAUUUAACUUGUUGAACGACGCAAAACUCUAACCAAUGUCAUGCUGCAGGCAAGACAAUUUAAGGAUCAUUAUUGAUUCCUAAUAUUCACAUGAAUAACUUAUAAUUAACUAAUGUUAAUUAAACAAUGAUGGUACAAUCAAAUUGUAACUACUAGCCAACGUGUUUCUGGGUAGCACAUUGGGCUAAACUGAUGCAGAGGACACUUGUGUAGCUUGUUCUCCUGUACAGCUUAAUUUUAACAGGCCUGUUUGUGAGGCCACAUAGCAUUACCUUGAUGAGAUUUUAAUCUUUAAUGUAUAAAAGACUAAAUUAAACAAACAUACAGUGGGCUUUAAUGCACUAAUAGUGAACUUUUAUUUCAGCAAAGUUCACUAAAAUGUAAAAUGUAAAUUACUGAAUGUGCUGUGUUUAAAAAAGUAUCUUCAGUACAAAUGAAGUCCAGUCUUGUCUACGUUAUGAGGUUCAAAAACCUGACUCUAAUUAUUGAUGCAGUACCUGUUGAAUUCUUUAAAGAAAAAAUGAAAAAAGAAAAGAAACGUUGAUUUCAUUCUUGUAAAUAAUCGCCUGCAGUGAAACAUUUUUGUGCACUCAACCUUGGAUUUAUUCUCAAAUCCUGUUAUGUCCUUUGCAUUUUAGAAUAUGAAAAUAAAAUGACUCUUGAUGAUUAAAAAUGUGUCUGAGUUUGUGACAUUUGUUCAAGUCCAGCGACGAGAUGUGAACAAUCCCACAAGGGGAACUACCUUUAAACAGAAACGUUUCUCAAAAUCACGUCACAAAAAUCUGCUUAAAACUUUAUUUAAUAACAAUAACUUUAUUAGACACUCAAAGAAAAGCUAACCCAUCAAAACGAACC